AUGGCUAAAUACCAGCAAUCAAGUCAGUUUAGGCCUUCACCAGAUGGCAUCAAUAGAUCAGCAGUAGAGACAAAAAUACCGACGCUUAGCCCGUCUUGGAAAUCUAGCUAUGCUGUUACUAACUCUGCAUCUCCAAGAAAUUAUGAUGGAGACUAUAAUACGCGAGCUAGUCCCAGCCUUGCCAAAUAUUUUAAUGCAGGAGAUCAAUUAAGAGAAAUGUUAGCUCGUUAUAAUCAAUAUUCAGGUCAUUCUCGUAACCCAGUAACACUUACUAAAUUAAUUGCAAGUUCUGGUCAGGCAAAUUCACUUCACAGGCGGAAAUUGAAAAGAAUCGGUAGUUGGCCUAUUGCGAUGAAUGAAACAAUAGCUGAAGAAGGAAUACAACCGCUAAAGCAGUUUGUUAAGGCUUCAGAAGGAGUACUAGAUAAGGAUAUUAGUGCAGGUGGCGAAACUUCUGUCGCUGAUAAGAGGCUUAAAAGUAAAAAUGCUGAUAUUUCCAAUUUACAUACCGAUUCAGCAAUUAAGUCCAUUAAGGAAGAAAUGAAUACUAUAAAACAGUUUCAAAUCCACCAAGAAGCAACUUCUGAUCAGUUUUCCGAUUCAAUUGUUAAUAUGAAUUUGAUUAAUAAGUCCAGCGAUCAAACUCAAGAAGCUCCUAAAGAUGUUAAAGUUGGGCAUGAACAUGCCGAUACAAAUAUACCGGUACAUGUGUUAAAUACCUCCAAACCUAUAAAUCAAGUUAUUGUUGACAGAUUAACAAGCGAGCGCGACGAAGCAUUGCAAACAGCUGUUCGAUAUCGCAAAAUUGUUGAUGAAAUGUGCCAUAAAGAAGUAGCAAUGUAUAAACAAAUCAAGAACUGUGUAGAAACGAUGGAAACAAUGCAAAUGGAGAAGAAAGAGACCGAAUUUGAAGUUAUGCAUGCAAAAGAAGAAAUUGCAAGGCAACAGGAAAAGUAUAGCCGUUUGUUAGAGACAAUAUCGGAAAGAUGUAUGAAAGAACGUCAAAACGCAAAUGCAGACUGUCAAGUUGAAAUACAAGGACUACAACAGCAGAUUAAAAGUAUGGAAGAUAUUGAAAUCACGUUACGAAAUCAAAUAGAUCGACAAACAAGAGAGAAGACCCAACUGUUAAUAGAUUUAGAACAAGUGCGAAGCCAGUUAAUGGCAAAAGAUGUUGAUUCCAAUCAGCUCUUAGAUAAAGUAAACUCCGAGGUAUCACUUGCCAAUAUAGAGCGCAACAAUGCCCUCGAUGAAGCCGCAUCGUUAAGACUAAAAUUAACCCAAGAGCGCAAAGAAAGAGAAAGAAACGAUAUGAAACUAAAAUCAGAAACUGAAGGUUUACAGCGUCGUUUAAGGACAAUUGAAACUGAGCUAAUGGCAAGUAAAGAUAAUUCACUACAACUAACCCAGCAAAUAACUAAACUUGAACAACAGUCUAUUCAAAUUUCCACCGAUAAAGAUUCACGAGAACGAGGUUAUGUUGAAGAAAUCAAUAAACUGCAGUCGUGGUUGAGGAAGCAAGAAGCAGAUUACAUGACUGCAGCAAGAAAAACUGAGAUAGAAUAUCAACAGUCUAAGCAAGAAUUGCAAAAUAUUCUAGAUGGACAAAUUCAUGUCUGCAAUCAGUGGAAAGAUUCAUCAAAUCAGCUAGCAGAACAGUUGCAGGAAAUCACGGAUAAAUACGGACACAUGAAAAAUCAAAGUCAAACUCUUGAACGUGAAUUACAAGAAAAAUUACAUUAUGCAAAUAAGACUAUUCAAGACUUGGGAGAUUAUUCUAAUCAGCAGGAUAAAUUAAUAAGUUCACUAAGGGAAAGACUUGAAGAGGAAGAAAACAGUAAUCAAAAGUCAGCAAAUCAGAACUUCGAACUACUAACCAAACAAAGUAGUUUAUUACGGGAUAGGCAAUUACUAACGGAAGAAAUAGAAUAUUUAAAAUUACAAUUAGCUGCAAUACCCGCCGCUAUCCCUAAAUGGGAAACUACAAAUAACGCUAGCUCGGACGAACCCGAGUUAACAUGGCAGUAA